AAAUUCCACUCGUCAAUGCUUCCAUUGCCAACUGAGACCAAAAACCCAAACAAAACUGAAACACUCAAAACACGCUCGCUUGCAGUUACGAACCACCUGAAACCGCCGCAACCGUCUUCCGCAUUUCUCGCAACCGUCUCCCGCGUUUUCCGCAACCGUCUCCGCGUUUUCCGCGCACUCUGUUUGGAUCCCGAGAAAAUGCAGGAAAUGAAGGAUCCUGCCAUCAGGCUUUUCGGCCAGAAGAUUCGCUUUACCGGGGAGGAAGCAGAGGCUGCUGCCGUUGCCGCCGCCGGGAAAAUUACCUCCACGGCGGCGGCGAUUGAUGUUGACAAAGAGGAAGAAGAAGAAGAUGAUGUCGAUAGGUCAGAGCCUGAAAUUGAUAAAGUAGACCAAGGAGAUAAGGAUCCUCCAGCUGAAAAAGUUACUGAGAAAAAGAAAGAGGCUGAUCCUCCUCCAAAUACAGUUGCAGAGACCAAGGAUAUUCAGAACCCAAAAACACCUCCCAUAGAUGAAGAAACUGCAAAUUCAGAAACGGGUAAAUCGGAGAACGAUCAAAAUGAUGAAAACAACAACAUCAACUCUGACGACAAAACACUUAAGAAGCCAGAUAAGCUUCUCCCGUGUCCACGCUGCAAGAGCAUGGACACCAAAUUCUGUUACUACAACAACUACAACGUGAACCAGCCACGCUAUUUCUGCAAAGCGUGUCAGAGAUACUGGACUGCCGGUGGCACCAUGAGGAAUGUGCCGGUCGGGGCCGGGAGGCGAAAGAACAAGAACUCUUCCUCGCAUUAUCGCCACAUAACAAUCUCGGAGGCUCUUCAAGCGGCUAGAAUUGGUGCUGCUAAUGGAACUCACCAUGCACUGAAAUCCAAUGGUAGAGUUCUCAGCUUUGGAAUUGACCCUCCGAUCUGUGAUUCAGUGGCAUCUGUGUUGAACCUUGGAGAUUCGAAAAAGGCUCUUAGCGGCACAAGAAACAGGUUUCAUAAUCAUACUAGUGAAGAGCAGAAAAUUCCUGUUAGUGGGGAAAAUGGCGAGGACUGCUCAUCUUCAAUCACGGUCUCAAAUUCCAUGGAGGAAACCGGGAAAAGCACAAUCCAAGAAACAUUUCUACCAAACAAUGGUUUCGUUCCUCAACAAGUUCAAUGCUUUUCUAGUGUUCCUUGGCCUUAUCCGUGGGGUUCUGGAGUUCCCUCACAACCACAACCCGCUUUGUGUCCUCCAGGGUUUUUCUACCCUGCCGCUCCUAUGUGGAAUUGGAGUGUUCCUUGGUUUUCAUCUCACACUUCUGCUCCAAACCAGAUGUCCCCUAGCUCCGGGUCAAAUUCUCCAACCCUUGGAAAACACUCGAGGAAUGAUGAUGACAUGGUUAAAGAACAAGAUCUUCAGCAGCAAGAAGAAGAAUCAUCACAAAGGCACAGAAACGGGUGUGUCUUGGUUCCCAAAACCUUGAGAAUUGAUGACCCGGAUGAAGCUGCUAAGAGUUCUAUAUGGGCCACUCUUGGAAUCAAGAAUGAAUGUGUGAAUGUGAGUGGUGGAGGAAUGUUCAAGGCCUUCCAAUCAAAAAAGAAGGAAGAAAAAAAUCAUGUUUUGGAAACAUCUUCAGUGUUGCUGGCUAACCCUGCAGCUUUGUCUAGAUCCCUUAAUUUUCAUGAGAACACCUGAAUUAGCAACCCUUUGAGACCUUAAUGAGUCUUGCAUUGUGUCUCAGAUGUUGUGAGAAAGAGACACUGAGACAAUGACCAUCUUUCAUCAAAUGUGCAUUUGAUUAGGCCUUGGAAUGAAGUGAAGGUUGGUAGUCUCUGAUUUCCUCAGCACAAGUAGGGGGAAACUAAUCUACUAGCAGUUUUGUUGGGAUGCUGGGAACUGUUUUUGUCUUCCUUUCCAUGUACACUAUAAAUAGGUGCCGUUUAAUGUGUUCAGUUUGUUAAGUUUGAGUUGAUGUACAUAUAGACAUAUGUGAAAAUGCUCUGCCAAAGAGGGUAAAGAUCUUUGCGAUGUAUAUAAACAUUGAGGUGCUGAAUUAUCUUGUGAAAAAAGGAAAACAGAACUUCCUUUCUUUUA